AGGUGGAGCGGAGUUGCUCCACUGCAUGAAUCCAGGCUAUUGUUUCAGGCACACGUCUGCUUUAAAGAGAACUAUCACAAAGCAGACCCGUUACUCAUUCAGAUGCAGAAGCUCCUUCCAUCACACAAGACAGCCCAUUCAAGUCACAUGCCAGAGGUCUCGGCAGAAUGGGCUGCUGCAGCUGCUUCGAAUCUGCUGUCCAACAUUAGAAGCAGUUGGACGAACCUGACAGCAGUCAGCCUCCCGGCCUCUGAGGAAGGAGGAGGAGGAGGAGGAGGAGAAGGAGAAGACAGAGAGAAUCUCUGGGAUCCGAGCUGCACUAUGUUUGCAGAGGAGUUGUGGCUUGAAAAUGAGAAAGCCUGCGCCGCAGUGGUUCACAAAUCUAAGCGAGGAAGGAACCGCCAGGAGCUGCUGGCAGUGGCUUUGGGGGUGAAAAUGGGAGUCAAGGGAGCGCUCUUGUGGCAACCUCUCAAACUCUUUGCCUAUUCACAGAUCACCUCUUUGGUCCGGAGAGCGGCAUUAACACAAAAUGACAACCAUUUCAACUAUGAAAAAGCACACAAUUUUAAGGUCCACACGUUCCGAGGUCCACAUUGGUGUGAAUACUGUGCCAACUUCAUGUGGGGACUCAUUGCUCAGGGAGUCAGAUGCUCAGACUGUGGAUUGAACGUACACAAACAGUGUUCAAAAUACGUCCCCAAUGACUGCCAGCCAGACCUCAAGAGGAUCAAACGAGUCUACUGCUGUGACCUCACCACACUAGUGAAGGCCCACAAUUCACAGAGACCCAUGGUAGUGGACAUAUGUAUUCGAGAAAUCGAAGCAAGAGGUUUGAAGUCAGAAGGGAUUUACAGAGUCUCGGGGUUCACUGAACACAUUGAAGAUGUCAAAAUGGCCUUUGAUCGAGAUGGUGACAAGGCAGACGUCUCUGCCAACAUAUACCCAGACAUAAAUAUUAUUGCUGGAGCACUGAAGUUGUAUUUCAGAGAUCUGCCUAUCCCGGUUAUCACCUAUGAUACGUAUUCCAAGUUUAUAGAUGCAGCAAAGCUCCCCAAUCCUGAUGAAAGACUAGAAGCUGUCCACGAAGUGUUGAUGUUACUUCCUGCAGCACACUACGAGACUCUUAGAUACUUGAUGAUUCAUCUCAAAAAGAUUACCAUGAAUGAAAAAGACAAUUUUAUGAAUGCUGAAAAUUUGGGAAUAGUGUUUGGACCUACUUUAAUGAGACCCCCAGAAGACAGCACCCUUGCUACGCUCAAUGACAUGCGGUACCAGAAACUCAUUGUGCAAAUAUUGAUAGAAAAUGAAGAUGUUUUGUUUUAAAUGAACAAAGCUGUAAACUCAUAGCCAUCUGCUAUGAAAAAGCAAGUUUAAAGGGAAAACAAAUUCCCAUAAG